AUGUGCUUCCGAUAUUGGUUUUAAAGUACUAUCUCCCUGUAAACAAGAUGGCUACGGAUAAUUUUGCGAAAGGAAAUGAAGAAUUCGUGAAUGAAAACUACGAGAAGGCACUUGAGUUAUAUACAGAAGCUUUAAAGACUGAUGAUGAGGACAUGAGAGAUGAUUACUAUGCAGCUAGAGCCCAAGUUCUGUUAAAACUGGAAAGAUAUUCAGAGGCAUUAGAAGACACCAACAAAUCAACAGAAAUAAAUCCAAAAAAUUCCAAGGCAUAUUACAGGAGGGGCAUAGCUUUAUUCCAUCUAGAGAGAUAUGAAGAUGCAUUAAAAGUAUUCACUGCUGGACAUGUACUAAAUUUGAAUGCACCAUCACGACAAUCUGAAAACAGUAAUUUCAAUACCUGGAUUAGAAAAUGUGAAGCAGAGAUAGAUUUAUCAAAACAAGAAAAAGGCAGUGGAGCUGAGGCCAGAGUUGGUGUAUCAGAUUCUUCACCAAUGGAAAUAAGUUCUUCAAUAGAAAGUGAGAAAAAAACAGAAUGUUCAUCAAUACCAAAGCCUAAUCCUGCUGAUGCUGUUUUAAAUGCACCAGUUAAAGCUAAACAUGAUUGGUACCAAACACAAACACAUGUCGUCCUUACUAUCCUUAUUAAAAAUGUUCCUAAAGAUGAUUGUCAUGUUGACGUGCAAGAAAAAUCUUUAAGUUGUACAGUAAAGCUACCUUCCGGGAAUGAUUACAGUUUAGAAUUAGACUUGGCUCACAAUGUUAUUCCAGACAAAACACUUACUAAAGUUCUAUCAAGUAAGAUUGAGAUUAAAAUGAAGAAGCAGGCAGAAAUCCAGUGGAAGAAACUGGAGGGUGACGGACAGGAUGAAGAAAAGAUUAAACAAAUACCUGUACAGAAUCCUACUGACACCACUCAUAAAUAUCCAACUUCAAGUCAUAAAACACGUAACUGGGACAAGUUAGAACAAGAAGUGAAAGAAGAAGAGAAGACAGAAAAACUGGAAGGAGAUGCUGCUCUGAAUAAAUUAUUCCAGCAGAUCUAUUCUGAUGGAACGGACGAAACAAAAAAAGCAAUGAUGAAAUCUUUUAGUGAAUCUGGAGGAACAGUAUUGAGUACAAACUGGGGUGAAAUUGGGGAUAAAAAGACUGAAGUCAAACCUCCAGAUGGAAUGGAAUAUAAAAAAUGGGAAUAUUGAACGAAAAGAAUUUACUAUUCAUUUUUGAAGUUUUAUGAUAUGUGAAAGAAUCGGAAAAAGUCUAGGCUUUAAGAUAAAAUGUAGAAAUACCAACUAUGCAAAUUCUGUAAUAAGACUUCAUGUACAAAAGAUGUAAAUGAUGGCUGAAUUUAAUACUGUGGACUAAGAUUUUAUGCUUUCUAUUUAAUGAUAUCAUUGAAUAAUGAAAUGUUCUGUAUUAAAGACAAAAAGUGAUAAUUUUAAUAAAAUACCUAUGAUAAAUUUGGGAUUCUCAAUUUCUGUAGGUUUGUUUUCCAUCUAUACCCACUUUCAAUAGGGGUGAACGAGCCAUCCUCGUAGGUGACACAGUAACACGUAUUACACUCCUGCUUUGAAGGCGGUUAAGUUAACUCUGAUCUUUGUCUGAUGAUACUUUUGUCAAGACUUCAAAUCAUAGCCACCUUAAAUUUGGUAUGAAGCUUCAUGUGAGCAUGCUUUAAUGUGUGAUAAGUUUUACAUUCGUUGAUCAUUAACUUCCUGUUUACUGAACACCUAUAUAUUGUUAUACAUAAUAGCAAUGUAUGAAAUAUUCCUUGCAUUUUUCUCAGGAACUGCCUAUCUGAGCUUCCUGGUUUUAGUAUAAAGCUUCAUGUGAGCAUGAUUAACCAAGAGAUAUGUUUUUACAUCCAUCACUCAUCAACUUCCCGUUUACUGAAUACUUAUAGAGGGUUAUCAUUAGUGAGCAACAGUUAUAUUAAAACUAGUUAUUUAUUAAUUUGCAAAUGAAAAUUAUUGUUAAAUGAUAUUGUCAUGGGUCAUGUAACAAAUGAAAUACAGAUAUUUAUCUUAAACGUGAAUUAAUUUGUUUAAAAAGAAAGAAUUGUACUAGAAAACUAUUUAUAUUUGCUCCAAAGGUGUAGUAUGUCCUCAUAUGUGAAAUGUAUUAUGCACACCUUAAUCUAAAUGUCAUUAUUUUUAAAUUUUAAGGCUAUAUUGUUUUACAAUAUAAUUACAACUGCAUAUUAGGUUCUUUCCUUAUGGAAAGAAAAAAAUUGACUACAAAUUAUUAGUUCAUUCAACUCAAAUUAAAUUUAUGUUAUCUUGAUAGUGAAUGUUGGUUUUGAUUGAAAAAAUUAUACUGAUUGAAACACUAUUGUUUAAUCUUUAAAAGGUUUCUUACAUAAUCUGACUAUUUUGUAUCUGAUUUGAAGUUUUUUGUCUUUGUUUUAUUAUCAUAUUUAUUACAUUACAAUCACUUAUCUGUUAUGCUGUGUCAUCAAAUAAAUCCUAUUUAUUUAUCUCAAA